AUGUCAGCCAUCAGCCCUGCACCUUGGAACAACUUCUGUGCUGAAACACUUGUUUUGUGCCAAGUUUGCAAGUUGUCCCAAGGCCUCAAGUACUGCUUUGUGCCAAGUCCGGCAGAGCUCCCCAAGGCCUGGGCCUGGCUGGCUGUACAGCAGGCUCGCACCGGCAUCGACUUCAACCCUGCCGUGGCUGCCUCCGCGGCGCUGCCAGCCUUGACUAUGCUGGCGGAGGAUGCUGAGGCCAAGUACGGCGACAACCGCAAGUGGUCUGCUGUGCUAGUGCCCCUGACCACCUUGGUCUUCCCGAUGGUCGGCUUCGGAUCCUUUGUGCUGUACUCUUUCCAGGAGGAUGCCUUCUGGCGCCUUGUGCCGGGCACCAAGCGUGCCAAGGAAGCGGAGGAGGCCUGGAGAGAGCACCCUCUGUUCGCAAACGCCAAGGACCCAAUGAACGGCCUGCUGAACCCUGACGACUAUGAGAAGGGUCUCGAGGAGGCCUGGGAGCGAGCAAAGCCUGCGGGCAGCACUGUGACCGUGAAGGACAAGUUGGCCAAGCUCUCCAAGCAGAACGCCCCCCACUGGGUUUGGAUCCCCAGUAUCAUGCAGUAUCUUCAGAUGCGGCGUGUUAGACGCCUUCUUUUGGUGGCUGCGGCUGCACUUCUAGGCUUGCGAUGCUGCUUCCUGGCAAGUCCAGACAAGCUGCCAAAGGCACUUGGGGAGUGGAGAGUGCUUGACUGCAGCUUUGCAGCCAAGGCGAAGUCUGGCAUUGACUUCAAUCCAGCUGUGGCAGCAUCUGCCGCCCUGCCGGCCUUGACCAUGCUGGCAGAGGAUGCCGAGGCCAAGUACGGCGACAACCGCAAGUGGUCUGCAGUGCUGGUGCCACUCACCACCUUGGUCUUCCCCAUGGUUGGCUUUGGCUCUUUCGUGCUUUACUCCUUCCAGGAGGAUGCUUUCUGGCGCUUGGUGCCUGGCACGAAACGUGCCAAAGAGGCGGAGGAGGCUUGGAGAGAGCACCCUCUCUUCGCCAAUGCCAAGGACCCCAUGAACGGUCUGCUGAACCCUGAUGACUACGAGAAGGGCUUGGAGGAGGCAUGGGAGCGAGCCAAGCCUGCCGGCAGCACUGUGACCGUGAAGGACAAGUUGGCCAAGCUCUCCAAGCAGAACGCCCCACACUGGGAAACUUGGAAGAGCCUCUCCGCCUAA